UGAUAACUAACAUGUGUAUUCUAGAUCUUGUCACUGAGAUACACUUCUAUGGCUGGUGGGCCAUAACUGUUAUUCAGAAACAAUUCAAUAAAUACUCGGAAUGGAUGCUGUUUCUGAAUAAACUUGGAGACCCUCGCUAUGCAUUCCUUAUCUACUUUCCUGUUACCUUCUGUCUCAGCAAAACAAGAGGAACACAGGUGUUGUGGGUUGCCUGUGUUGCGGAGUGGCUGAAUGCAUUUUUAAAGCUUAUCCUCCAUGGUGAUCGACCUUACUGGUGGGCUGGAGAGAAAUUCAACAACCUUGAAAAGGAAAACUUGGAUGCCAUGCUUCCUACACAAUAUCACCUCACCUGUGAAACAGGACCAGGAAGCCCCUCUGGACAUGCCAUGGUGACAUCGGCUGUAUUUUAUGUCCUUGUAAAGGCAAUAUUGGAUUCCAGAUUGAAACUACAAAGAAUAUUGCGGGUGGCAGUAUGGUCGAGUUUUGCUGUAGUUAUCUUUGCAGUGAACAUUUCUCGUGUUUUCAUAGCAACUCAUUUCCCUCAUCAAGUUAUUAUCGGCACUUUGAUAGGAAUGGGAAUAGGGAAUAUGAUUAAAGUGGAUGUUGUUUCAAGGUUCCAUAGCAAACAUUACCUAUUGGGAACAGUGGUAGCUAUGGGAGUAUGUAUGUUGACAUACAGUGCCCUGUUGUUGCUAGGAUAUGACCCACUGUGGUCUAUUCCAAUGGCCUACAAAUGGUGUGCUUCAUCCACAUGGGUCCAUCCCGACACCACACUGUUCUUUGCUGUCGUCAGGGACAUCUCUUGUUUGGCAGGAUUUGGAUUCAAUGUCAAAGUCCUUGGGAAAAUAUCACUGGAAGAGAAGCCAAGGGCAUUUUACAGCUUAUCUAAAGUAUUACAGAUCAUUUUAAGUUUGUGUGUGACUUUGAUGAUGGAAACUAUCAAGCUUUCAAGGGACACCGAUGCAAUAUUUUAUGGAGGAGCUUUCAUCAAAUUUUUCUGCAUGAUGUCAAUCCUGGUGAUCUUAAUACCUGUAAUCUUUGACAAAUGCUUUACGGUAUCUGUUGAGGAAAAAAAAGACUAAUACUUGUGAAUAACUGUUAUACUUCCUUUUAUUACCAUGGUAACUAUCUGCACAAAACUGAUUCAGUUAAUUGCGGUUGUUGACAUGGAGUUGGAGGUACUUUUUUCAAAUAUUUAUUUUUACAUUUGUUUUCCUCAUCAUUGUGAGUUUACACAGCAUCUAGUUUCUUUGUAUAAAAUGUAUGUCAUUGAUAUGACCAUUCUUGGAGGACCAAUAAAUUAAAGACAAAAGGCAAGGAGUGAGUGAGAGUUUAUGAAAAAAAGUGAACAAGUAAGAAGUCCUUAGUCUUGUCUCUAUCGUGCAGUCUCAGGACAAAAUAUUCUAAUUAACGAACUUUGAAUCAAAUUUUCUUGUUCCUAUCUUGCACUUUCAUAUUGACAUUUACAUGUUAAUAUUAAA